GGUAGAGUAAUAAUUGGGGGAAGAAAAUGGAUUUUAGGGAUGGUAAAAAGAAGAUGAGAAAGAGUGAUAAUGAUUUGGAUAGACUAAGCAUGUUACCAGAUGAUCUGAUUCACAAAAUCCUUUCUUUUAUUAGCUCUGAAGAAACUGUCAGAACUAGUGCUUGGUCAUCUAGGUAUAGAUUUAUCUCCAACGUGUCACUUUCUGUAGUGAUGACUAUACUGACAAUUGCGCUGGCCUUUUAUCCAAGUGUCCAAACUUGAAGAAUCUCACAUUAGAAGACUGAAAAAAACGGAUUGAGUAGUUUCAGUAUUUGUCAUCCUGGACCAGUGAAUCUGACAUUUGAUGAGGGGACCUCGAGGAUGUAGAGGUUGUUAAUGUGGUUGCACCUCAACUCGAGAAUCUUACUAUUAGAGGAUGCUAUGAAACCAGGGAGCAUGUGAUUUCUGCUCCUAAUCUUGCCUCCUUGACUUAUACAGGUGACUAUCCUUUGCACGGAUAGUUUCCAUCGUUUAAAGGAGGCAAAUAUAUCGGUUUUACAUCCAAAUGUUGCUGAUGGUGCUCAUCGAAUGGUUUGUCUGCUUCAACAACUCUACAAUGUCCAAUUUCUUACACUUAAUUUGAAAAUUAUUGAGCUUCUAUCUUCAUCCGUGGAACUAAUCUCUCGUCAACCAUCCCCGUUUGUUAACUUAAAGAGUUUAACUAUUUAUCCAAGAAAGCUUUUUAUGGGGGAACCGAGCGACCUUCCAAAAGGGAAAGUCCAUUUGUCUACCGAAGUGAAAAACUAUUUGCUGGAUCUGGAUAGUUCACCAGGGGCCACCUUAACCAUGUUCUCCCGUGAGGAGAUUAUUGCAGUGAAGGACAUCCAAUUAGCACGAAAGCGUAUGGCCGAAUUACGGGUGCUUCUAGAACAACAGAAAGCUAAUACUGAGACCAAAGGUAAAGCACCAAUGGAGUGCGACAAUGCAAAGAUGCAUAAGAAAAGGAACGCACAACCAGAGAUGAAGAUGCAACUUCAAAUUGGGGGAAACAGAGAACUGAUCAAGAGUUAUUGGAAAGAUCGAAGUGUGCGGGUUGAGCAAAGGAAAGCCAAGGUUUGUCUCAUUAUUUCCAUGUUGGAGGGGAUCGAAGGAUUACUCAAAAAGCUACCUGCAACAAAUCGUGCUAUGAUUCAACCAUGUUUUUCUAGUCUUUGUUUUGAGGCUAACACCGUAAUGAAUAAAAUAAUGAACAUGCAUUUUGAUGAGAAUUAAAGCUGUUUUAUUGAACUUGCUACAAGUACAACAAUGGAACCGUCUUCGUAGCAAAUUGUCAGAUGUUUUUCGUUAUUACCCUAAUGAAAUAGCGAGCAGCCUAUUUGCACAAGUUGGAACGGUAAAGUUCUAAACUCCUAGCAGAUUUAGACUCAAGUAGUUCAACAUAUAUGCUUUUUUCCUGCUAUGAUGCACACCGAUGACAUUGAUAAUCUAUCAUUACGCACAUCGCUAUUUUGUGGCUCAUAUCUUAUGAUCGUUCAAGUGUAUGUAGUGAAAUACCUACAUUAUAAGAUAUUUUUGAAAAAUAUAAUAUUAUAUUUAUGACAAAGUGGUGUGAAACCAGAGUUCGUAGUC